CAUGCCGGAGCAAAACUGCACUAUCGACCCCAUUGAGAUAAUGAAGGAAACGUUUUCCCCGUGUCCUAACCUAUAUGCAAACUGGCUGGUCAUCCUAUUACUGGUCAUCUUCCUCCUGGUCACCAACGUGCUGCUCCUCAACCUCCUGAUCGCAAUGUUCAGCUAUACCUUCCAGGUUGUUCAGGGAAACGCAGAUAUCUUCUGGAAGUUCCAGCGCUACAACCUGAUAGUGGAGUACUUCAGCAGACCUGCCCUUGCACCGCCCUUCAUUAUCAUCAGCCACAUCAACCAGGUUAUCUGCAGCAUGUUAAUGAAUGCAGAGCCCAAGCAGGAGCUUUUAG